GCAUCGUCCAAGCCUCCGCCACGGAUCUCAACCUCAACCUCCAACACGAAGCUCAUUGAACCGUUUUCAUAUGCUUUUUGCCCUGAACCCGUCGAUCCCAUUCCCCACAGGUACCACGCCGGACACCCUCCCGCACUCCGUCAUCAGUAGACUGGGUCUCCUUGGCAGAGUCUGCAAGCAAGAGGAUAUCCUGGCCAGCCCAACGCCUCGACCUUUUGCACACCUUGCACGAUGCAGACACGAAGAAUCGAACAAGGUAGCAUGCUCGCGGCAUGAGCCCAUUUCCGGCAGCAGAAAAGCAAAAAGGGUGAGGCUAUGUGAGAAAGGAAUAGACUGUGGCGUGGGUGGCCUCAAUGCCCUGAACUUGAAGAGGUUGGCACCACUACUGCAGCAGGCUGUGGGUUGGAGAUGUCAUCCUAGAUCCUGGUCGAUGAGAUGCACUAAAACCCUCCCAUCCUUGCUUGGUGUUACCAAAAUAGCAAAACGACUUAUCGUCCAUAGGCCGGUUCUCUGUCCUCCAUUCUCAACACCACGGAUCCAUUCGUCAUCACUGAUACUCGACGUCUUCAUUGCAUCCCGUCUGCAUUGGGCCCGCACAUGGGUUGCCUCUCACCUACAGUACUUCCCCCGGACGAUGUACUGCGGUAAAGGUUCAAGGUUUGUGGCUAAGAUCAGCAUUCUAAAAUACUUGUCAACAUGUCGGACAAAGCCAGUCUCAAUUCCAGCCACCAAGCUGCCAGCGCUUGUAAACAAGACUUGUAUAAAGUGGUCACGGAGCUCCUUCCACCGCCAGACGCUAGUUCCACUGGUACUUUUAUACUAGAUCGACAGGUCACUCGUUUACUUGUCUGCCGAUAACAGCAACUGGCAAUUGCGACUCCUUCUCCCAGUCUUGUAUAAAGCCGAGAGUGAAGAAUCCGACUUCUCUUUCGCUCUUGAUCUUGUUGACCCCUUGUGGUCUAAUAUUUCUUUUCUAACCCCUCCCAGUCCGCAUAUACUCUCUUUCAAGUACAUCGACAAGGACCACGGCAUUGUCCGGAACCACCACUGGUAUUCACCAUCAUGAUCAACUCUUUCUUAUCACUGAUUGCGCUUGCGCUAUCAGCAUCUCUAUCGUCCCUAAUUGACGCAGCUCCUGCUCCUGCAGCUGCUCCUGAGCCGUGGGGACCACCGGCCUUUGGCAAAUGGGGCGGCAAAUACGGGCCCUGUACUGAAGAUAAGAAGCUCAUCCGCAGGGACUUCGACUCGUUGGCCCCUGAAGAACGAAAGGCUUUCACCGACGCGAUCAAAUGCAUGAUGACCAAACCGUCACAACUGGACCAGACCCUGUAUCCCGCGGCCACGAAUCGAUAUAUGGACUAUGCGGUGACCCAUGUCAAUCUUACCCAACAAGUGCACCUGUCGGGGUUUUUCUUGACGUGGCACAGGUACUACCUGCAUCUGUUUGAGCAGGACCUGGCCGCGCAAUGUGGAUAUACAGGGCUCAUUCCUUAUUGGAACUGGCCUGCCACCGCAGAUAAUUUGCAUGGCAGCGCGGUCUUUGACGGCUCCGAAUACUCCAUGUCGGGCGAUGGAGAAUACAUCGAUAAUGGACCGGUGGUCUUGUCUCCGUUUCUGCAGCUGCCUCACGGAUCAGGAGGCGGAUGUGUCACCAGUGGUCCUUUCGCGGGCCUACAGACCACAAUGGCCGAGAUCAGUAUCGACAAUCUGAUCGCAGGCCUUCCUUUGCCAAACACUACAUUCCAACUUAAUCAAACCUGUCUGACGCGUGAUCUCAACACUUACGCAGCCCAACGCUAUUGCAACUACACGGCGCUGUACGAGGCAUUGGAGACCGACGAUUUAUUGACUUUCGACCAUCUCAUCAACGGCGUCAUCGGCGGCGCAGAAUUGGGUCUGCAUUCUGGCGCCCAUUUCAUUGUGGGCGCACCAGCCUCGAGCAUUUUCGUUUCUGUCCAGGAUCCUAUUUGGUGGCCGCUCCAUGCCAUGUUGGACAAUCUUUAUACCUCGUGGCAGAUCAGACAUCCCGAUCUCGCUGAUGCGGUAUAUGGUACCGAGACAGCCAACAAUGCUCCACCGAGUCCCAAUGUCACUCUUGACACUCCACAGCCUGGCUGGGGUUAUUUCGACCCUGCGAGGUAUCCCAUCAGGGAUAUGAUCAGUACCUCGGCUGGCCCGUUCUGUUACAAGUAUGAUGUUGCUUUGUAAAGAAUCUGAUUAGGGUCAAGGAAUUGCAUGGUGGAUAUUUGUACUUUUGCUUUUGGACCGCCCACAACCCACGAAUGGGCUUUAUUCCGUGCGAUAUACUUCUUGUUCAUGGACAAUGUUACAACACUAUUGUGCGACUACAGCAGAAUUGGAACAUCCGGGGAUGUCAACAUCCUCGUGGUCGGUGUCCCUUGGAUUGUGUCCUCGCCAUAACCAUACCCAAAAGAUAAUUCGUGUCAGCAUGCUAUGAAUAUUAUAUUAUUUACUAUUUUAUCGUCUGUUCUCAUCCAGGUUCAUACGUUACACUGCAGUCGUUGCUGUGCAGGUGGUCAUGCUGUUCUAGACCGGCGACCGCUAGUGGCAGGGAACUUGAAGCGUUCCUUAUCUUUCCAGGUGGUACAGUGCAGGGUCCGAGUCCUUCUUUACUUUUGUAUCCCUCCCCCGCCACGUCUUUGCUCAGUCUUGACUACAGGCCUGUGUACUAAGGUAGUCCAGCUCACCACAGAGACCUCAUCCUAUGGAGCACGGCCAAUUCGGUAGUAUGUCCCUACGCUCAUACUGGCACUUUUUGUGCAGCACACACAAGUUGCCCUUUUUGCACCCCUGCCGUUCGUAGGUGAUGUAUAUUUCACAUGGGAAAUAGUAUCACCAAUGAAUCUCGUCAACGAGAUAUCAUCAAAGUUCAACUACUGUUUGUCAGCAGCCAGGACGCUACCACGACCUCGCCGACGGCUUUCUCGUCAGGUAGUAUCAGUUAUCGGUGUCGCGGUCGCCCAGCUUUUCAACCUCGGUGAGCAGCGCAUGGUCUUCGUCGGGUACCUACCACAGAAGCUCUUCCACACACACUGACUGGCAUUUGUUCUCGACUUCGACUGGGCACAACGAUAUCAUGGAAAGUAAGGUAGGGAGGAAGCCUGCUGCAUAUCUGCACCCAUCCACCAAACGUCGCACCAUGUUCGGCACUCCUACUUCUUCCCCUUCUUCUUGGUCUUAUCAUCAACAACAAUCCACCUCCUAUCCACACCUCUUUUGGUCAGUUCUUUUUCUAAUACAUCCCUCUGAUCGCCCUGCACAAGAAUCUCCAACAUGCCCGGUUUCCCACCUACCAGCUGGCCUACGCUUGCGCUGCCAGCACAUUUCCGCUGCAACUCCGGACCCAGCAAAUGCGGGUUAAUUCCAAACACUUCCAAGCCCGAGACGCGCGUGGCGACUUUCGUUCCCGACCGCUUCUCAACGACCAAAUUUACAUGCGGCGGCGGGCCUGCGCGAGGUUUGAGUGCUGGAUCUUGACUUGGGUUUUCUGGAUCAUAGGUCUGGUCGUUGCGUAACAGGAUCCAGUGCGGGACAAGGAGAUGCGCAUUGUUGUUGUUCUCGACGUCCAUUAGUUUCUUGAGGAGGACGUCACGGGCGAUUUCGCCGGAUGCUAACGCGCGACGAGUGUCGGGACUGGAAGUGUCGGAGAGUACAUUAUUGGCGAGAAAAGGAUCGAGUUUGACGUAUCGUGAUGACGAGGUGUUUUUUGUUAAGUCGGGAUUGUUCUCGAUGUAUUUCUUGAGGAAUGACGAAAUUUGUGAUGAGGUGUAGAAUGUCGUUUUGGACGGGAUUAGGUCGGGCACAAGUUUCGGGGAUGCGCGAUAGACGGUUUGGAGAGUGAGUUUUUGGCUUAGUGAGGGAUCGCUGGAGGAGUUGUUGCUGUUGUUGUUUUCGGUUUGGUUGUUAGUUUCGUUGGUUGGGGGUUUUGGUUUCGGAAGUCUGUACGGAGUGAAAUUGCGGAUUUUGUCAUCUUCAAAGUCAAUGUCGAGAAUGACGGUCUCGCCGCCGUUGCGGUCUUUGGAUUUGACAAGCACCGAUUUGUCGAGAAACUUGAUGAAUUUCUUGGUCG